CAUCCAUUUGAUUCCUUUGUAUUUUUAUAAGACUUGUAAGAGAAGCACGUAUCAACCUGUAGUGCUGAUCGUGCUCGCUAAUUCUGGGGGUUUUUUUGGCAUGAGUCAAUGGAUUGGGGGGACAAACUUCACUCCAUUGUAAAAGAAACUGAAGAGAAUUUGGCUAAAGCGAAGGAAAAACUAACAGGGAAAGUAGCGUCUCCUCGUAGCAAUCCUCCUCCUCUGUUGACCCCGAGGUCGGUGAAAGCCAGACAGUUGUCCCGGGGAUUCUCCACAUACUCCAGUCCUCUCGGCAAACAGCGGCCGACUCUUACUCCACGAUCAGCACUUGUCGAUUCCCCGACAGAUGCGGCCGUCAACAUGAACAGUGCUAGUGACUUCCAGGUUUUGCACAUGCAAGAUCAAAUCGACUCGCAGAAUCGGACCAUCGACGGUCUCCAGGAGCUGGUGAGGGCCCUGAACAACGAGCGAGGAUUCUACAAGGAACAAAUUUCUCAGCUGAAAAAUGAAGUGGACGGCCUCACAGACAAGAUGAGCAGUCAGCUGGCCUUCGCGACGUCGGAGCGACAUCUGUCCAGUGUCAAACGUGACGUGAUGCUGGAGGUGGACAAACUCAAACACAUGCUGCAGACGUACACGAGAGAGGCCAACCGCCGACACAGCGCUCUCUCCCCUAGUCUGGACUCGGAGUUUUGGACCGUCAAAGAAAACUUGACGGACAGUUUGGAGCAAGUGCGCUGUGAGCUGAGUUUGAUGAACAAGAGAAUAGAUCGGAUGGAAGUUCAGAUCGCCAACGACUCUCGGGGCCAUCAGUUCAGCAGAGAUAGCACCGACCUUUCAUUUAAGAUUCCCCCGUCGCUGCGAACAACGUUACCUCCCCUGUACACCCCGGCCACGCCCAUUCCGCAGGGUCUCAGUGGAUUAGAUAUACAACAGAUGAAGUCCACGAUCUCGUCUCUGAACUCCAAACUGGACAACCUGGAGAGGAAGGUGGAGGAGCCAGUCGGGCAGACCUCGGCGCUGUUCUCGUCGUCGCUGAGAGCAAGUAAACACAACCGUCGCCCUCACCUGGUCACAAACCUCAGGCUCUCCCCGCGCAGACACCGCAGCCUGGCGGCCGUUGACCUUGACGACGAUGUACUCAGUGACCUCUCUGACCUCUCCGACCUCAGUGACCUGAGCGACGGGGACCUCGGGAACGAAGAGGACGACAUGUUGACGAACAACUUCCGCGAGGAAACCACCAGAAGUGUCCACAGCCCCAGGGUGAAAAGUUCCAUCUACAAAUCUGGUCGCAGACGCACAGGUAAAGUUGAAUUUGACCUGAGCGACCUUGAGCUGAGCGACGUAGAGGACGUGAACGUUGAUGCCGACAGCAUAGACUUGUACGAUUAGUUAUAAACUUUCCGACUGGUGUUUUUGAGUUUUGUUGUGUAUACACUGGAGUCCACAUAUUAAAGUGUCCUCUUUUACGUUAAGAAACCUGUCUAA